UUAACCAAUGAGAUGCAAGUAAUGACUGACGCCGCCAAUCUUGGUUGCAAAGAAGAAACUAAAAAUAGUGUGAUUUAUUAAGCUGCAUGGUGUUUUGAAGUAACAUGCAUCAUUAAAAUAAGUGACAAAAUACAAGUUUAUGAUAAACUUUUCACCGAUCUUAAUAUUUUUACCGAAAAAUUACCGGAAAUAGAUACUUUGUCUUUGUUCUUCAUCAGGACCAUGGGAAUGUUUGGUCGCCAUCUUGUUUCCAAAAUUCCUCACCGGCCUGAGUAAAAAUACAAUUUUUAGCUGAACAGUUGAUGGACAUCUUCAUUUACUUGAGAUAUUGAAACAGCGAUCAUACGGAUCCCUUUUAAUGGCAAACUCGAGUACAACACUUGCUAGUCUUUGGGACGAUGGCCAACCAAGUCCUCUGAAAGUUAUCCAGACUACACCAGUCAAGAUGGAAGGUGGUACCAGUGAACUCAAAGAGGAUGUAAUCAGGUUUUACAAAACCACUGGCUUUGAAGGAAUGACCAAAGAGCAUGGUAUUAUGGAUGCUAAUGGUGAUCUAACGGCAAUCAAGGAACAGAGCUCCUCAGGAAGUAGAACAGUUCAAGUGGUGGCUGUUCCGAUCUCGCCUCACAAGUCAUCUCCAUACCGAAAUGAACAAACACAUCUAAUGCCAAGAGUUGUCCAUACACAGAAUGUGUUGACAGCACAGCAGCAACAACAGUAUCCAGGAUCUCCACGUGUCAUCACCACAGCAUCUAGUCCACACACUCCUGUCAUACAUGGGAAAAAGCGGCAAAGUGAAAUUAUUAUUGAAACAGACUAUAUGGAUGGCAAGAGGUCCAAAAAGGGAGAAAAAGGUGGUAAAGGUCUCAGGCAUUUUUCUAUGAAAGUUUGUGAAAAGGUUCAAAAGAAGGGAGUUACAUCAUAUAAUGAGGUUGCUGAUGAGUUAGUGGCAGAGUUUAGUGAUCCACGAAACUUAAUGUCACCGCAAGAUGCACAAUAUGACCAAAAGAAUAUUCGGAGAAGGGUCUACGAUGCUUUGAAUGUUCUGAUGGCCAUGAAUAUUAUUUCUAAAGAGAAGAAAGAAAUCCGAUGGAUUGGUCUGCCCACCAACUCUGCUCAGGAAUGUCAAAAUUUAGAGUUGGAAAAGCAGAAAAGAAUAGAAAGAAUAAAACACAAAACUCAACAACUACAGGAGCUGAUAUUACAGCAAAUUGCUUUCAAGAAUCUUGUGCAGCGCAACAGGGAGUUAGAAAAAUCUCAGGGACCUCCACCACCGAACUCUGCAAUACAAUUGCCAUAUAUUAUAGUAAACACCAGCAAAAAGACUGUGAUAGAUUGUAGUAUCUCCAAAGACAAGGAUGAAUAUUUGUUCAACUUUGAUAAUACGUUUGAAAUUCAUGAUGACAUAGAAGUGUUAAAACGUAUGGGAAUGGCCUUUGGUCUUGAGAAAGGACAGUGUUCAGAGAUGGAUCUACAGAAAUGUAUUCGAACAGUACCUAAGGCUUUAGAACCAUAUGUUUUUGAGUUGGCACGAGGCAGUAUGGCAAAUGCAGGACCAAGUGGAAUCCGACCACAUACCUCAGGAAGUUCUCAACCCAGAUCAAAGGUAACAUCACAGUCAGCUCAGCCAUAUCCGGUUGCCCUCACUCCUAAUUACAGUAACAGUAGUAGUACGGAUGCCAUGGACUAUGAGGUUGCCAUGGCAACAGGUCAUACGGAAGUCAUCUCACGUGAGCCCAGCAUUGGCUCAUCAUCAUACUCUGACGUUCAGUCGAGGGGCGUGAUUGAAACCCCAUCGGAAGAUUUUUCCGAUGAAGAUUAUGACAGAUCGAGCCCCAUUGAAAUAAUGAGCUAGUAAUUCCUGCAUCAAUGUGAGAGGAAUGUGUUGUUAAAUUCACUGUUGGUGUCUACAACAAUUGGGAUAUGCAGAUAUUCUUAGAUCUGCUAGACAGAUUUAAGAGAGAGAAGACUAGGAACAAGCCAUUUUGAGGAGAAGACGUGUUUCAGAUGUUGGUCAAGACAUUGGCUUGAAUGGAAAAGUUCUGUGUUUAUAUAGUGUCAAAAUACAAAAAUAUUAAUUUAAGUAAGAUUUUUAAAAUUACUUCUACACACAUUUCAAUGCUAUAUGUAGGAAGAACAUUUCUCGGUAUUGUUUGUGAAAAAGAAGUACCAGGUAUGUUUUUAGAAAGAUAUUAAAGAAUGUUUCACUUGUAGCACAGUAUUGAAAGAAAAAGCUUUUAAGUUGUCUAAAAAAGUGAGAUGAAAGGAAAAUGGUGAACAUCAUUUUGUCUUUACUAAAUUAUUAGAAGACAAUUCUAGUUAGAACUGAUGUGUUCUUGAUGAUAUAUAGAGUUUCUGGAGCAUGGAAAGGAACGGGGACCAGAUGUUGUGAAUUGAUCAGGCAUUUAUUGUAUUGGAUGGAUAUACUGCAGAGAAUGUUACUUGUGCUGAUUUUAAACUGCAACAUGUAGAACUAGCAAUAGAAAUUUGUGAUACCUUUCUUCCAGUUUGAUACAUGUUUUCUUUUUCUUGUAAUGAAAGGCAAAGGUUUUUUAUUGUCUUGGUACUGAGCUGAUACAGUUUCUUUGUCCUUGUUUAAAACUUAAAAUGCAGUUAGUUUUCUUUUGUUGCUUUUCUUUUCAAGUAAAUGGUAAUAACUAAGACAGUCAGUUUAGACUUUGGUUAACUGUUUGGAGGAAAAGAAAAAAGUGUAAAAUGAACCCGUAAGAAAAAUGAAAUUUUCAACAACAAAUAAUAUCUUGUGACUUCUUGGUAAUUUUAUUUGAAGUAAAUCCUUUCUGUUUUAAAAGUCGAAUCCUUUUGUUUCUUAAAGAGAUAAAGUUUGCGAUAUCUUGCUUAAAAAUUACAAAUGUCGCAAAAAUGGAAAAUGUGUCCCAAAGUCAAUAGAAAAGUGACAACAAAUUUCACGAUAAUUAAUUGUUAAUGGCAGUUACAAUAAAAAAUUCAAUUGUUGUAAUAUUAGUGGUUUAUUUCAUUGAUAUAAUGUCCCUUAAGUUGUUGUCUUCAAGAUUUUUAAGAUGUUCCCAAUUUUUUCUUUCCAAGGAGACGCAUGUUCCCACAAUUUUUGAUACUCCGAGGAACACUGAUAAUUUCUCUAACAAUUAAAAUUGAAAAAGAAUUUUUCUUGCUGAAUGGAAACUUCUGCAGUGUUAUAUAAUUAAACAUUAACACUUAAAUGGGAAAGUUGAAGUAGAUGUAUAAGGCAAGUAAGCAUUAAGCGGCUUAGCCUGACUUGUCCUUAGUUCUGAAAAAUAAAUACCUCAAACAUUGUUAAAGCUGAAUGUGUCUUUAUAAAACUGAAAAUGAUUUUGUAUCAGGGCUCAGUAUCUAGAGACAAGAUAAGAAAGUAAAUGCAAAAUGUGCUGGAAUAUAGUUUGCUUUGUAUAUACUUUAAUUUCAGGCAAAAUAUUCAUGUUUGGUUAGACAAGAUUAAUUUUAGAGUAGCAAGCCUGAUCUUGAAUAUUUUUAAAUUGAUUUUGAUUUGUACUUAUUUAAAAAGAGUUCGAGAACACAUUUAUGAGAGGUUUUGUAAUGCAUUCAAAUUGUUUCACAAGGCUUUAACAUUCAGAAUAUAUUUCAAGAUGAUUUGGGUAAACGUACUGUUAAAUAACUUGUAAAAUCUACUUUCUUUAAAUUCAGAGUCUUGGUUGGUUAUUUUUAUCUAGGUAUUCUAUUUCUCACAUGAAUGUAAAUGAAGCACUUGUUCUAUUAAAUCUCGGUGUCUGAUACACAUUUAGUGGAAAAUCAGCAAAAGAAUAUUUUCAUAAAUUAUUUUUAACACAACUUGGAACAAGAAGCUUCGAAAAGAGGGUUACAGAUAUUUAAAGUAGAUAUUCAGUUACAUAUAUAAAACCAAAAUUAAAUGAUGAUUUUUAAAGAAAAAUGACCAAAAAUGAAAAGGGUUAUAUUUUCCGAGAAAGUUAAUUUGUCUAAGUCAAACAGAAAUUUUGUCAGAAAUGUGUUAUCAUUCUUUUGCAAAGAAUAUGUUUAAUUGAUACAAUUUAGCCAUAUAUACACUAUGUGUUCAUAUUUUUAGAAGCUGAUAUUAUGUCUCCCCUGUUAUGUUUGUUAGUUGCUUCAUAUGUCAGUCAAAACAACUUGUUUUUGUUUGUAAAAAAUGGCCUCCUUUUUUCUUACAUACAUGUAUGUAUACACAUAGGUUUUUCGACAUUGACAUUUUGUCACUGUGUUGAAGUCCACAAUGCUUUUUGAAUCUGUGAUUGCAGAGCUACACACUGGUAAUUUUAGUAUGAUUUGUAACUUUUGGCUUUUAAGUUGGUUUUUGUGAGGACUUGGUGAGCAUUUAUGGUCACAGACUACGGAGUAAGAGUUGAAACCCAGCUCAUGUUUGUACUGAAGGUUGGUGGUUCUACCUAUAUACCUGAAAUAGUGUGAAGAGAGUAUUAGGCAUCUUCUUCCACUGUCAGAAGCCGGAAGGUCACCAUAUUGCCUGCAUUGUGUCAGUGUGGCUGAAAACUGUACAGAAUAAACAGUUACGCUUGUGAUUGCUCAUGAUAAACUUAGGCACUAAAGACAUAUUCAUACUUGCUUUUGAAUCUCCAAAACUCUUAUGUUUAUGGAAGUUUUAUGGAAAUAUGUUAGGCUUUGAUCUCAUAGAACAAUAGGGAUUUUCAUUGCCAUCAUGCCAUUUAUCAACUCAUUUUGUAAAAUGCAGAUACAUGUUAUUUGUAAAAUUACAUCAUUGAAUCAAUCAAAAUUGUCUCAGAAAAUAGUGUGUUUCCCUGGAUUAAAUCCUAUUUCUUAACAUGACUAAGUAUGUUAUCUCCAAAUGUUCAUGAUAACUCAGAAGGGAAACUCAGAAAGGAAAAUUGUUAUAGAAUUUUAAUUCAGAAUUUAAUAAAAUGACUGAAAAUUUGA